AGCCCUUUCGCGAAAAUUUUUUUCACCCAAAUCGUCACUUAGCAUGGUUUUGCACUCACCCCUUCAAUUAAAAGAGUGUAUCAAAAUUUCUGCCACGUCAUUACAAAACACUUUGUAGAAUUCGCAGGGGAGACACUCCUUAUGGGACACUAUGGAAAAGCUGAAACUUAAGACCUCAAACCAGAUGGAGAAAACUUAAGUUAGUGUUACUGUAGGGGACAAAGUCAUCAAACUGAAGAACAGGGGUUACAAGGAAGUAGGCCAGAGCUUGUGCCAAGACUCGAGGAAACCAUCGGUGAGUAUGAGAUGGCAGUGGUGCCACAUUCCUUAUGUAGGGUCGAUGGAUCUCUUUAUAUUCCAACUGACAAAGCCAGCCUGACGUGUUUGAUAGAGGAGGCAAACCCACAGCCACAACUAGAAACACCACCAGCAACAGGAAAUCUACAUCGAAUACUUGUUAUUGAUGCUAUGGCCAUCGUUCAAGACAAUAUGGAAAUCUUUGUUUUGGUAACACCCCACGAUUUGACACUACUUUAAGAAAUAAAGGUUUUUGUAAGUCUUGGAAUGUGCAGGUAGAUGAAUCACUGUGUAAAAUAUGUCACUAUCAACAGGAUGUGCUGCAGCAUUACAGUCUUUUAGAUACCCUAGUUUUAUCAAGCGUACUGAGCAAAUAGUGUCUGGAUUUGAUGAAGACCAAGCAGUGUUUGAUCCCUACUUGGAAGGCUCCUUGAAGAACAAGAUGUGGCAAAAAAGAUCCACAGCAUUUGUCGGGUUUCAAAUACAUCCAGAAAUGAGGCUCACCAUGUCCAUCAAGGACCUUCUGUCAUCGUCAAAGUCCAAAAGCAUGCUGGUCACUUUGUUCACCACUGGAUUAUUAGUGCACUUCUCCAGCAACACAGCCAUCAAGCUGGUCGGGGUUUACAAUAACAAAAUCAAAUGUCUCAACUGUGAGGAAGAACACAACCAGGAGUUGUGUUCACUAGAUGAGCAUUUGUCGCAAGAGAUUUCUGUUUCCUCGCCGGACACUGAUGUAGUAGUCCUGCUGCUCGACUUGGUUUCCAAGGGAAGUCAUGGAAACCUGAAUAGUCUGAGGUUUUUGACAGGCAAGGGUGCAAACUACGGAGAGAUUGAUGUUAUUCAAUGAGUCCAAGUGACUGAAAUGCACAAGUGUCAAGACCUGAUUCGAUUGCACCACUUCACUGGGGCCGACUGGUGAGGGAAGUUUGUUGGUAUCACGAAGAAGAUCUGGGUGAAAGCAGUACAUGGCACUCAAUGAUGACCAUCCCGUGAUUGACUGCUUCAGAGAGCUUGGUGAGGAUCUUAUCCAAAACCAGUUAGCCAAUGGAGAAUUGCCCACUCAAGUUGAAGACCUAGAGAAAUUUGUCUGCCAAGUGUACUGCAAAGCGGGACCUACACCCUUCCCCAACUUUGAUGUGAGCUCUUUUGAUCCAGGAACUUGGAAG